AACAAAAUUUCUACUUGUUGCCGAAGAAAGAAGAUCAACGAAGAGGAGUGAAAAUAUGGCGCCGGCGAAAGAUCAAACGGCGGCGUAUCCGAGUGCGGCUCGUAUCUCCGAUUCCGAUUGCUACCCUGCUUACUCCGCCUCCCUUAAAUGCUUAGAAUUAUAUAACACUGACAAGAGUAAAUGCCAAGAACAAUUCGACAUGUACAAGGAAUGCAAGAAAAAGGAGAGGGAAGCUCGACUGGAGCGCAAUCGGAGCCGGUCUCUAUUCUCGUAAUAAUUUGGGUUUUCGUAUUUGUUUUAGUGAAUGAAGAGAAGGUUUCAAUUUGUCAUACAACUUUCGGUUUAUUUUGCUCUUUUAUUUAUUAGCUUAGCUCGUAAAUUUCCGACAUAAAUAACGGGGUGUGACUCGUUAUGUUUCUAUAUAUUUAAUGAAAUCGUUUCACUAAAUGCCGAGGCACCGAUCAGCAUUCUUGAAAUUCUACAGUCGAUCACUUUUGUGCUUAUUCUUGCACUCGUUUCAAUUGAAGCCUUUUUUUGUCGA